AUGGAGGAAAUGGACAUUGAUGAUUAUUCAAGGGAUCGCUCCAGGUCUCCGGUGAGAGAGAGAUCGCGCUCCCCACAAAGGGAGCCGGUCAGAGAACGUGAACAGGACACCAAAGACUACUCUAGAAGAGACUACGGGUACUCGCGUAACUCGUACGACCGAUCAUCCCGAGGCGGACGCAGAGACUACGACAGCGGGCGUGGUGGAAGACGUGGUGGAAGAGGAGGCAGCGCAAGAGACUACUCGUCCAGAAGAGACUUCGACUCCUCGGCUUCUUCAGACGAGGUGUAUCGUGCAAAAACAGAAAGAAAUUACGACAACUCCAUCUUCAUUGGAAAUAUUCCCUUCGACUGUACCUCCAAAGAUGUGGAGGAGAUGUUUGGAAGCGAGUUCACCAUAGUCAGAGCCGACAUCGUGACAAACAAGGGUAGGUCGAGAGGUAUGGCCACCGUCGAGUUCUCCACCAAAGAUCAUGUACGUGAUGCCAUUGCUAAAUUCGACCAUCAUGAAUAUCGUGGAAGAGAAAUAUUCGUCAGGCAGGACUACCCCCCACCCGACAAAAAGCAAAGAGAACCCAUUCGCAAAAAGGAACGAGUGGAGAACCCAGAAAGAAGCACAACUGCCCCCAAAUCAGGCACGGAGAUAUUCGUGGGAAACUUGCCGUUUUCAGUUAAUUGGCAAGCAUUGAAGGACCUCAUGAGAGGUGCAGGAGAAGUGGAGAGAGCUGACGUCAGAAUGGACGACUGGGGAAAAUCAAGAGGAUUCGGUACUGUUGUGUUUCUGACUCCAGAAGAAGCUACCAAAGCGGUGGAGAUGUUCCAGGGAUACGAAAUAGAAGGCAGAAAGCUCGACACCCGUCCCGGAAGAGGAACCACGGCCACUAAUGGUGCCACACAAUCCCGUACAAGAGACACUUACGAUGGUAGCAGAUCUAGACGUGAUGCGCCAGCAGAUUUACCCAAGAAUACCGAAUUCACUGAAGGUGUGGUAGCAGGAGGAGAAAGAUCCGAUACCGUAUUUGUUGCCAACUUGCCGUACGUGACGAACAACGACGAUUUAUACGAGUUGUUUGAGACCGUUGGUAGGACCAACAAAGCCGAAAUCCAGUACAACGAAAACGGUAAGGCUACUGGGAAUGCGGUGGUGCAAUUUGAGCUUGCCGAGCUUGCAGAAAAUGCCAUCCAGAACCUCGACAACUAUUUGUAUGGAGGUAGAAACCUCCAAAUCAGUUACGCUAAAAGACAAUAA